AUGUUUAAGUGGGGGAGAUCGAAGAAGUCGAGCUCGUACGAGCCGAAGACGCCCAAGAUAGCGAGCAUCGCGCUCCCAGAUGAGAAAUACUCCCCGAUACCCCACUAUUCAGUCUAUUCGGAGAAGCCACGUCGAACCAGUUCAGCGAUGCAGCAUUAUGUCGUAGAUUCGCGUACGACGACGCCGAGAUACGAAUCGUCCUGGUACCAGCCGACUCACGAAGCGACAUACGAGACAUCGAGGAGAUCGCGCACGCGCACGGUGUCGACACCUGCGCGCCAUGUUGAAGCCCCCAGACCCAUUCGGCCGCACCCCUCCCAAGGCCCUUUUAUUCCAUUUAUGGGAGGGGCUUCCGAUAGGAUAAGAAUCGAUUCUUCCCAAGCGCUUGCACCGGUUGGAGUUCCUUCAGCCCAAUUCUUGGAAGAGCAGAUCCGACGUGAGCGCCCGGAGUCAAUGAAGCCACACAAGGCGCCGCCUGCCAAACUGCCGCUCCAGGAGGAUGAUGUUGAAUCUGAUGGGACCGCUGAUAUCGAUUUGUCAGAGUACAUCCCCCUUGAACAUUUGAACAAGAACCUGCCGCCGGGUGUCACAGCUGUUCUCUCGAAGGCGUGGUUGGACGAGCAGGCGGAGUUGAAGCGGAGGCAGAGCGCACCACCGAUCAAGAAAAGCUCCUCCAAGGCUUCGGGGAAGAGUGAUGAUGCCAGGUCAUGGAAGGCGGUUCCCGUAGUGGAUGACAACGUCGACCCGUCAAUUAAACCCAACAAGAUGCCUCUGAAGUCUGCUCUCAAGAAAACAUCAUCGAUCAAUCCCCCGGCUCCCAAGUCGAUCCUGAAGACCCGCGAUUACGACUCGAGGGCAUGCCAGUCGGAUAGCGAGUUCCAUAAGCCCAAAAUUUCGAACAAUUGGGCAAAGCCUCUCAAGUCGUUCAAGGUGCCAUCAAAAGCAUAUCUCGAGGAGCAGCAGGAGAAGGUAGAAGAGCAGAAGCGGAACCGGUCUUCGCGAAACUCGUACACGCCGGCUAGACCGACUGUACAUGAGAUUCCUCCUACGAUCUUCCAGCACACCAACUCUGGCUCGACGUCUUCGCCAACUGAUAGCUCCCAAGGGCACGACUACCACCGAUCUCGUCGAUACAGCCAGACUGAGAGACCUGUUCCUUCGAAUUAUAUGCCGGCCUUCAUUAAGGAUGUUAAAAACCCGCCACCGUCGAUCGCCAACUAUCAGACCGACCCCUGCUGGGCGCUAAGGGACUGGGAAGAUCGCAAGCGUCAACCAGAUCCUAAAGUCAUCUUCGAUCUAAGAUUCGACCCACGACACGAGAAGUUCCCUGUGAGGCUAAGGGAGGGCAACAAGGGGUACGCUCCGCGCAUCACCCAAGAUGUCCUGGAUAUGUUCGUUAUACCUGGCGGGCUCAUGAGCUCGAUGGUCCUUCUCCAUAGGGACCUCCCUUGGCCCAUCUACGUCCAGAAGAGCGGAAACCUCAACCUCACUGUCAAGGACGUCUUGAGUGCCAUUCACGACCAGCUCAGCCAGCCACUGACGCGUGAAGAGCAGGCUCAAGUAGGGAGGGAUCGCAUCUACCGAUGCUCGGACUACUUCAGGCGGCGGUGCCAAAAGUCCCCGGUCAUGACGCACCUUCUGGAGCGGGCUGGGAUUGCGCGUGUCGAUCUCUUGAGGAGCAACACCAUGUUCAGGGGACUGGUCCGCCACUCGCACUACCCACUUAACCAAUUCGAAUUGGUCACUGAGCCUGUUCCUCCGGAGCGCUCAUGA